AAUGUAAAUUCGAGUAAGAGAACCAUGGGCCCACGUUAAAAAACAAAACCGGUAAACCCAAAUUAGUGAAUUUCGUCGACGGCUCCCCCUUUCGCUGGGUAUUCUCUGUAUCUCAAGUUCCGAUUCCUUCUUCCGACAAUUCCACUCGCCACUUACCAUUCAGGACCCGAACGUAAUGUAUGGAGGUUCCGGGAAGCUAGGCCGUGGCGGCGGAGGCGCCGGCCGUGGCGGCGGCGUCGGGAAGCGCAAUAUGCAGUCACCGUUCCAACCACCGCCUUUCCACAGGGCAUCUCCUUCGCCUGCAGGUAGGCUUCCAGUUGGUAGUGGAGCUGCGGCACCGCGCAACCGCAAUAUGGCCUCCGGUCCUACCUCCUCUGCUCCCUCGAAUGGAGUUGAGGAGACUUUUAGCCUCGUUACUGGAAAUCGUUUGAAUUAUGCUAUGAUUAUUCGGCUGGCGCCAGACCUAGUGGAGGAGAUCAAGCGACUGGAAACUGAGGGCGGUGCAGCCAGGAUCAAGUUUGAUGCCAAUGCUAAUUCCGAUGGAAAUGUCAUUAAUGUUGGUAGAAAAGACUUCAGAUUCACAUGUUCGCGUGAACCGGGAGAUCUAUGUGAUAUUUAUGAAGAACGUCAAAGUGGUGAAGAUGGAAAUGGUUUGCUUGUCGAGUCAGGUGGUGCUUGGCGAAAAUUAAAUGUGCAACGUGUUCUGGAUGAAUCAUUUACAAACCAUGUUAAAAUGCGGACAGAAGAAGCUGAGAAGAAGCUUAAAUCACGAAAAGCCAUUGUUUUGGACCAUGCCAAUCCAUCUAUGAAGGGUCAGCCGAGGGCAAUAGCUACAAUUGAAGCUAAUCCACGGAAGAUGAAUUUCAAGCAAAAGAAAGAGCCUCUUUUGAAAAAACGGAAGGCAGAGCCACCUCCAGGGGGAUCUUACGGAUCUGCCUACAAAUCUGGCUUGUCUUUAACAACAAAUUCAAAGGGAAAGCCUUCUGCUUCUCCUUUAUCAUCUCCACCUGAACCAUCUGGUGCUCCAGCAUCUCCAUUUGGCAAUGUCAAUCUCUUGAAGGGCCAAAUUGUUGUGGACGAUAUGAUACCCACUCAAACAAUAACUAAAGCUACUAGCUCUGACAAAGAAAUUCCUGGCAAGGGGAUCACAAGUUCUGUACAAGAUAAAGUAGGACGUAAAAGUCAUACAGGCACAACGUCUACUGAUCUGCGUAGCAUGUUGAUUUCUCUACUUAUAGAGAACCAGUCCAAGGGGAUUAGUCUUAAGGCACUGGAAAAAGCUGUUGGAGACAAGCUCCCGAACUCAGCCAAACAAAUUGAGCCCAUUAUAAAAAAGAUUGCGAUAUACCAAGCUCCAGGAAGAUACUUCUUGAAACCGGAAGUGGAUAUAGAAAGUUUCCCGAAACCUGCCCUUGAAUGUGGAAGUUCUCCUGAAGAUCAUUGUCAGCCAUCAUCUGCCCCUCAUAAAUUUGAUCAACUACCUGCUCCGCAGCCAGUCUUAUUUCCAAAAACUGAUAGUGGUGAGUUGGAAGAGGGGGCAGUGAGUGAUUCUAAACCUCAAGAAGCAUCUGAUGCCAUUGAAAACAUUGAUAUCCUCCAUCUUUCACCUGAUCGAAGUGAAGGGCAGGCUAAUAGUUCUAGCUCUAGCUCUAGUGAUAGUGAGAGCAGUGAUAGUGGAAGCGAUAGUGGAAGUCAGAGUAGAAGCCGAAGUAAAAGCGUGGCCAGUGGGAGUAGCAGUGACAGUGAAAGUGAUGCUUCUUCUAACAGUAAGGAGGCAUCUGAUGAGGAUGUUGAUAUCAUGAGUGAUGAUGACAAAGAGACAAAUCAUAAACUGCAAGCUUCUGAACAGCUUCAAUGUGGAACUUUGGACUUUGAGCCAGGUCAAUUUGAGGUGGGUGAGAUUGAAGAUCUUAAUGUAGCUGAUAUUGUGGAUAUUGAGAAGGACUUGCCUGACGGUGGCCAAGUAGCUGAAAUGGAUGUUAUUCCUGACUUAGGUCCUACUAGAGAUGAUGAAAAAUCUGUUCAAGAGAUCAGACCUUUGUCAGCUGAUUGGCAUGCGCAUAAACAACGUGAGGUCCAAAUGGGCAAGCUUCCUCGUGAUGCAGAAAAUGUUAGUUACCAAAACCAUUCUAGUGAAAUUGGAAGCAUUGACAAGGAUAGCUUCAGGGAUGAGCUGUCUAAUAGCGUCCAAAAAUCUCAAAAAAGUAAAAAUAAAAGAGUGCGUGAUGAAAAACACUCAGUUGAUAAAGGUGACAAGCAUAAGAGAGUAAAAACUCAAAAUCCUAUUCAGCAACAAAGUUCUGGGGGUAGGAACUCUACUUUUGUGGAGAGUUCACACUUAUCUCCUGAUAAGCCUUUAGAAGGGCCUUAUCAGGGCCUUCAUAUGCAGAUGGAAGACAGAACUUCCAGAGAUGCUGCUGGAGAUUUUGGUUCACAAAACAAUCAGGCCAUGUCUCGAAAGUCUGCUUCUGAAUUUUUGCAGCCAGACCGAAGAUCUGUUGAUUUCUCUGCAAGGGGCAAAACUCCCACUGGUUCUGAGAGGCCAAUUAAACAAGGUGAAAGCUCAGGGCAUACUGCUAAGUACACUGAAAGAAGCCUUCAAAUGAAUGAAGGAUUCCCCUUACAGAGAGACAAGGUUAGUAAAUAUGCUCAAGAUGAAUACGGCAUUGUUAGUGAUAAAAGGGAAAGAAAAAGUCUGAAAGAUGGUGUUGGGGACCAGCAUAGAACAUCAGUUGAUUCAAACCUAAAUAAGUAUGAUAGCCCGCUGCCAGGAAAUUCUCCAAAGGAUAUUAUGGGUAAUAUGGGGAAAUCUUCUUUCAUUAAUGGGCGUGGGCACAUGCUUCAUAGAGAGCUCUCAGACUUGGAGUUGGGAGAACUUCGGGAGCCUCCAACACAGGAAACAGUUGGUUUGAAAAAGCAGGUUGAGAGGAAAAAUUCAUUUAAAGGAGAGAAUAGACCAUCAAGUUCAGAUUAUUGGAAUUUUGAGUCGAGUAAAGGAAGAACUGUUGAUAAGACUGUUGCAGACUUUAGAAGAUCAUCUCCUCUCCAGUUGAGCUCUGUGCAUUCUGGCACUCCGGAUGGCUUAUCUAAGAGGAGGACCCCUGAAUGGCACACUGAGGAUUUAUCAAGAUCUCACCAAAAGGUUGCACAACCUCAGCCUCAACAGCACCGUCCUAGAAUUUAUCAGAACGAUAUUGGGUCCCAGUAUAAUCAACCAGUGGACGUGCAUAGUAGUAGGCAAAUUGAAGAAGAAGGGAGCUUAGGGACUGGUCAGGAGGUCCAUGCAGACAACCGCAGAAAAUCGUCUGGUGGUGCACGAGAACAACAUGAUCUAAAACAGAGUGUACUUCCUCCAUCGGUCAAGCAGAACAAGGGGCAAAAGUCCAGUUUGGCUGCCGAGAUCAAUGAUAGGCAUAAGGAUGCUUCUUUGCUGGGGAGCUGUGAAGGUCAUCAAAGGAUGCAAGAGUGUUCUCCUGAUGAGAUGAGUUCAUACUCCAAGUAUGAAAAGGAGGAACCAGAACUGAAAGGACCAAUAGAGAAUUUUGCCCAGUAUGAAGAGUAUGUACAGGAGUAUCGGGAAAAGUAUGAUAGUUAUUGCUCAAUAAACAAAAUAUUGGAGUCCUACAGGAAUGAGUUCAUUAAACUCGGGAAGGAGCUUGAUGUUUCUAAAGGAAGAGACACAAAAAGAUUCUCUGACAUGUUGGGACAGUUAAAAGAUUCUUAUCGCAAAUGUGGACCAAGACAUGUAAGAUUGAAGAAAAUAUUUAUUGUGCUUCAUGAGGAAUUGAAGCAUUUGAAGCAGAUGAUCAAAGACUUUGCUGUUUCAUAUGCCAGAGACCGGUAACCAGAAAGAUUGACUUCUAAGUUCUAGCUCAUCUUUCCUCUGUUGGGAACCAGAGUGCUCAGGAAUUGUAGUUUGCUGGAGAAGCCAGCAGAAAAUGCAACGCAAACAGGGUGAAGCUUGUUACUAGAAGAUUUGGAGUCACAGUUUCCUGGGCGUAAAUAGACUUGUAGAGUGCCUAAUUUUGGUUUCCCUUUUUCCAUUCUUUAGAGGGGAUUGUUGCCCAGUACAUUUUUGUGUAAAUCUUUUUUCGAAGUGUUGACUUGUGAUUGUAUAAUCGCCCCAAGGGCAAGUUCUCCAUAGUUUUGUCUUCAUAGUGAUGUUCAUGAUCCUUUACCAAAUUUUGAUACAAACUAUUGUGCAUAAUAAACGAAAAUGUUCCGUCUUGCUUUUCAUA